AGUUGUAUAGGGAAUACGAGAUAUUAUGCACGCCUUCUAAUUUUAUAAUUAACAAUGUAGGCAGUUUGUUCCUGAAACGAAAAUUAGUUUAAAAGCGUUGCGGUGUUUAAUUUUGAAAUAAAGUUAUUCGGUUUUGUAUCAGAAAAACAUGGCGGCCUCCUUGAUGAAGGUUGCAGCAACAUGUAUCUCAAGGUGUGCUGCUCACCAGUCCCCAUCAGUGAGAACGUUCUCUUCAUCGUUACCCGUCUGUAAAAGUGUUCCUCCGUCCUUAUGGAAGUUGGGUAGACUGAACCAUGUUGCGAUUGCUGUCCCAGAUUUGGAGAAGGCAACAGCUUUGUACCGGGAUGUACUUGGCGCCCAGGUGAGCGCCACUGUGCCCUUGCCUGAGCAUGGGGUUUACACGGUGUUUGUGGAGCUAGGCAACACCAAACUGGAGCUCCUGCACCCUCUGGGAGAAAAGAGCCCCAUUACAGGCUUCCUGCAGAAGAACAAAGCUGGAGGAAUGCACCACAUCUGCAUCGAGGUUGAUGAUAUAAAUUCAGCUAUAGCGGAUCUGAAAGAAAAGAAAAUCAGACUGCUUUCUCCGGAGCCACGGAUAGGUGCUCAUGGCAAACCCGUGAUGUUCCUCCACCCGAAAGACUGUGAUGGGGUUCUUGUGGAAAUAGAGCAAGCGUAGUAAUCAACACGCCUUUUAGAAGACUUCAGCUGACUGUCUGCACAAGAACAGACACGUUACUGGGAUCCGGUUUGGACCAUUUCCAUCUUUCAGAUGUCUUUCCUUCUGCCGCCCACUCCAUAAAUCACUUCCCUUUGGACACAGCUGGAGAAGGGAGAUUAGAGACCCAUGUUUUCUCUCAGUUUUGUGUCUGUGUGGUUUCCACUUGCUACUUUGUUGACCCUUUAUUGAAUUAUUGGAAUAAAAGGGUUUGAUUUGUA